AUGGGUAUCAAAGGGUUAACAGCUCUUUUGAGCGAACAUGCUCCGAGAUGUAUGAAAGAUCACGAGAUGAAGACUCUAUUCGGUAGAAAAGUAGCCAUUGACGCUUCUAUGUCGAUCUACCAGUUCCUAAUCGCUGUAAGACAACAAGAUGGUCAGAUGUUAAUGAAUGAAAGUGGUGAUGUGACGAGUCAUCUGAUGGGUUUCUUCUAUCGAACAAUACGAAUGGUAGAUCACGGUAUAAAACCGUGUUACAUAUUCGAUGGUAAACCACCCGAAUUGAAAGGUACUGUCCUCGCGAAACGAUUUGCAAGAAGAGAAGAAGCCAAAGAAGGUGAAGAAGAAGCUCGAGAAACAGGUACUGCUGAGGAUAUUGAUAAACUCGCUAGAAGACAAGUUCGGGUGACGAAAGAGCACAAUGAAGAAUGUAAGAAGUUGUUAGCGUUAAUGGGUAUUCCAGUGGUGACUGCACCAGGAGAGGCUGAAGCUCAAUGUGCCGAACUUGCGAGGGCAGGAAAGGUAUAUGCGGCAGGAUCCGAGGAUAUGGAUACUUUGACAUUCCACUCGCCGAUACUUCUUCGACAUCUCACUUUCUCAGAAGCGAAGAAGAUGCCUAUUUCAGAGAUAAAUCUGGACGUAGCUUUACAAGAUCUGGAUAUGAGUAUGGACCGCUUCAUCGAACUCUGUAUUUUACUUGGAUGUGAUUACCUUGAACCGUGCAAAGGAAUUGGACCCAAAACCGCCUUAAAACUCAUAAGAGAACACGGUGGGCUGAAAGGGGUUGUUGAUUUCGUUCGAGGCAAAAUGGAAGAGAAAGAAAGGGAAAACCAAGUCAUAGCUUCAUCUCAAAAUUACGAUGAUGAUUCAGAUAGAGAAAGUGAAGAAGGUGGGGGCGGAAUGAUGGUUAAUUCCGAUGGGGAAGAAGUACCUUUACAAAGUAGCCCGGUAAAGAAAAGCCCAGCGAAGAAGAAGAAGAAGGUUACCAGUUCGGGUAUGGUUAUACCUGAACACUGGCCAUGGGAAGAAGCGAAACAACUGUUCAUCACGCCGGAUGUCGUUAAAGGUGAUAAUCUAGAUCUCGAUUGGAAAGCACCUGAUACUGAUGGAUUAGUAGAAUUUUUGUGUCGAGAUAAAGGGUUCAAUGAGGACAGAGUUAGAGCGGGAGCAGCCAAACUAACCAAGAUGUUAGCGGCUAAACAACAAGGUAGACUGGAUGGUUUCUUCACGGUGAAGCCGAAAGAUUCAAGCACGACUAAACCAUCUUCAGGAAAGCCCACUGCUGGUGGAAAGAGGAAAGGUGAUGAUAAAGAUAAAGGUGGGGCCAAGAAGAAGGGAAAGAAGUAG